AUGUACCCCGUAAGAGACGGGGAAGUGCUCGAAGCAGUGGGGUUAGACUUCUGGACCAAGGAUCCCACUUGCAUCUGGAUUGUAAACCAAGAGGAAGCCCAAAAAAGGAAAAGGGAUGGAAAAAAAGAAAAGAAAGAGAACAAGGAGGACAAAAGAUCGGAUCAUCAGAUCUUCAACCGAUCGAAGCACAAGGGCACCGACCACGUUCCGAAAAGCACGAAAGUACUUGAUACUUCCAUACAUCCAAUUGGUCUUUUUUUUUUUCUUUACUUGACCAACUGCUGCAUGCAUCUGCCAUUUUCAGGCAGAACAUCGUGGACAUUGGACAACCAGGAUUCCAAGGACCAACCAAACCCGGACAGAGAGAAGCCAAAGACGCUCUCCUCCGUAGUUUAA